UGAGUACUGAGACAAAAAAUGCAGGAAAUGUAGAUAUUUUAUUGUGACAAAGAAAACGCUUGAAGUUAAUUGAAACGGCUUUAAACGAAAGAUAGAAUCAGGACAUGAUGGAAUAUUGGCUGUUUCAUUCCGAAGUUUUUUGUUGCAGUAAAACGGAUCGCUAAAUUUAUCAUAUAUUUGUUGGAGCGGAAACAUAUGCAGAGGAAAUAUUUUAUUCAGUGGAAUAUCUAUUUUGAUCUCUUAUUAAUAUGUAAUAGUCACAAAAUAGAACUGUUCAUAAAUGAAGAUUGUUUAGUUGUCUAAUAAAAGGUCUUUAAAUGAAGAUAUGGGAAGUCAGUCUGUUAACUUGUAUUUAAAACAUUUUAAGGGUUUAGCUUAUACACAAAGUAGCAAAAUUGUUUGAAGGAAACGUAAUUUUAACUAUUACUUUUCAUGAAACGUGUAAAACUUCGUUUUGAUAAACGAUGUCUGGAUUAUCUGGCAUUGGGGUAUUUUGGGCGUUUUCUUCCUUUAUUUCUUCUGUCAUUUCGUGUGUUGGCCUCUUUAUGCCUUACUGGAUAACGGGACAGAUGUUUGUUCAAAUCAAUGGAAAAUCUGGUCAAACUGUUCCGGUACAUUUUGGAAUAUUCCGUCGGUGUAACUAUCCGGCGAUAAAUACCGACGGUGAGCUAACGAUGGUACUGGAAUGUGGCCGGUACACGACAUUUACGGACAUUCCGAGCGCAUCAUGGCAGAUAGCCAUUAUUGUGAUUGGGGUGGCAUGUGGAAUGUGUAUGCUUGUCUCAUUAACGGCCUUGUUUGGCAUCUGUGCGAAGGGCGUUAUUAUCCCGACGGUGGCACGGUCGGCGGGAAUUCUUCAAAUGUGUUCAGGUUUAUUAAUGGCAUCUGGUGUUGGUAUUUAUCCAAAUGGUUGGGACAGUCCCGAGGUGCAGCAAGCCUGUGGAUAUGCUUCCAAAUCAUAUCAUCUAGGUGACUGUACACUAUCUUGGUGUUUCUACAUGACCUCUGUUGGGACAGGAAUUACUCUGAUGUGCUCAGCUCUCGCAUUUCACUCGCCUAAACGGAAACAAGUUCUUGCAGGAUAUUCUCUGUAGCAGGAGUUACCAUUUUGUGUUCCGUACAAGCUUCCCAUGCACCUAAACAAGAAAAAGUCGUUACAGCGUAGGCGUUUUCACAUGAUAUAAUAGGCAAUAGGAACCGGAAACGACUAUGCAAAACACUUAAGAUGGCGCUUUGCCUCUACUGAUCUCAUUUUUACAAAUGGGUUUUAUAUUUUAGCUUAUUAUAGCUAGACGUAUUUGAUACAACAUGUGGAAUUUAUCACAACACGAACAAUAUAUGUAUAUCUGAAAGCUACACAAGCGAUCUGCAGUUGACAGGAGAGGUCUAAGUGUUCAAACGCAUGUCAAAUUUGGUAGACUUCAGACUUUUUGUUAGGUUUUAUGCAGUAUAUCUAAACCAACGCAGUUAUAUAACAAGUUGUGGUAUCAAUCUCAACAAUUUAUUCUAAACUUUACAUUUUUGGUUUACGGCGGCUUCUUGAUCCUACUGAGAAUAAAUAACUUACUGAGGGGCACAUUGAGUCCUCCUCUGCCAUCAAAAGCUGGAAAGUCACUAUAUAACAUAUGACACGAAAAGCAUUAUAAAUAACGGCAUUGUGAGCCUUUAAUGGUAGAGUGUCCGAAUUGGGUCGCUAUAUGCUUGUUUUUCAUUGUUGGUGGGUCUGUGUUAUUAGAACGUGGUAGGCUAAUCUUUGUCCUUGUUUUAUGGAAUGACACAAUGGAAGUAGAGAGAGGAAAUUUUAAACUAUAAAUAGUUUUUGUUCUUUUUUAAUGUAUGACUAAAAUAAGUAAAAUAACUAAGUGUGACCUUGACCUUGAAGCGAGCCAUCCAGAACAUGCGCUCUGCACGUCGUCUCGAUGUGGUUUACAAAGCAAAAUAUCGGGAUCAAUAGUUCUCGCACAUUUCAUACACAUUUUAGUAGCGU